AUGAGUUCCGAUGAAAUGCUGAUCUUAACCAAUGUUUUUUAUGUCCCUGAUAUUGAGAAGAGUCUUGUAUCCGCCAGUUUGUUAUGUAAGAGUGAUGUAAAAGCUGUACUUGAAUCGAACAAGUCAAUCUUAUCCAAGAAUGGGAUAUUUUUAGGAAAGGGAUAUGCUACUUAUGGCAUGUACAAACCAACUGGAAAUAGAAACACUAACACCAUAUUUGGUAAGAAACAAAAACUGGAGGUUCAACAGCAAUUAAAGCGCCUUAACAAGCCCGCUCUUAAAUCCAUCGAGAGCCCGGAUGGAGAUAUAAUCGACUGCGUAGAUAUCAGCAAGCAGCCAGCUUUUGAUCAUCCUUCGUUAAAAAAUCACACAAUUCAGAUGAGACCAAGUUCUUACCCAAAAGGGUUUUCAUUUGAUCAAAUCAAUGACGUCUCUUCAAACUCCGAGCCCGAAUUUACUCAGCCAUGGCACUUGAAUGGAAGGUGCCCAGAAGGAACUAUUCCCAUAAGAAGAACUAAAGAAGAAGAUUUAUUAAGGGCAGGCUCUAUAGCAAAUUUUGGAAGGAAAAAAUACCAUACCAUCCCUCAUGCUCAGAGUAAUGAUGAUCCUACUAAUUUCCAUGAGCAUGCAACGUAUGGUGAGGCUGGAGAUACGUAUUAUGGAAUGACGGCAGACAUUAACCUGUGGAACCCCUAUACCCAAGAAGAAAAUGAUUUAAGCUUAUCUCAAUUCUGGUUGGUAAAUGGUGAAUAUGGUCAAGAUUUAGAUUCCAUUGAAGCCGGCGCGGUGGUUUACGAAAGUCUAUAUGGAGAUAAAAACACUAGACUCUUCGUAUAUUGGACUGAUGAUGCAUAUCAAAGCACAGGUUGCUACAAUUUGUUGUGCCCUGGCUUUGUUCAAGUUGACAACCAGAUUGCAUUGGGUGCAACUGUCACCCCUUAUUCCAAGUAUGAUGGUAACCAAUAUGCACUCAAGUUCUAUGUAUCGAAGGAUGUUAAUGGAAAGGGAGACUGGUGGAUGAAUAUUAACAACAGAGUCUUUGGAUAUUGGCCAUCUUCCAUAUUCUCGAUCCUGUCUAAUAGUGCUUCAAGAGUUAGAUGGGGAGGAGAGGUCACAAAUCAUAAUUCAGGAGGGCAGCACACCACAACACAAAUGGGUAGUGGCCAUUUCGCAGAAGAAGGGCCCGGCAAGGCUAGUUUCUUCAAAAAUCUCAAUGUCAUUGAUGGUUUACAAAUAGAAAGGGCUCCUCGGGACCCUACGAUAUUCAUGAAGAAACCCAAUUGCUAUAAUAUCAAAGAUUAUGGAGGCUUCUUUUAUUUUGGUGGUCCGGGUAGAAACCCCAAUUGUCCAUGA